GUCUUGGCUCGUGGGCAGCUCUCUAGCAAUUGCAACAGGAACCUCACACCAAAAGGCACCAUGAUAGUGAUGAGUGGCGUCACUGCAGCCCCCAGAUUGGGGUCAACUGCCACCACUCCAGCUGUGGCUCCCAACUUCUCCUGGAUGCCGGAGGAUGGCAGCCCCACAGCUGUGGAGCAGCCAGUAUUCCUCAUGACUACCGCUGCUCAGGCCAUCUCAGGUUUCUUUGUAUGGACAGCUUUGCUCAUCACCUGCCAUCAGAUCUACAUGCAUCUUCGCUGCUAUAGCUGCCCAAAUGAACAGCGCUACAUUGUUCGGAUCCUCUUCAUUGUGCCCAUUUACGCCUUUGACUCAUGGCUCAGUCUCCUGUUCUUCACCAAUGACCAGUACUAUGUUUACUUUGGCACAGUGCGGGACUGCUACGAAGCCUUUGUAAUAUACAACUUUCUAAGCCUCUGCUAUGAGUACUUGGGAGGGGAGAGCUCCAUCAUGUCUGAGAUCAGAGGGAAACCAAUUGAGUCCAGCUGUGUAUAUGGGACUUGCUGCCUGUGGGGAAAGACCUAUUCAAUUGGAUUCCUGAGGUUCUGCAAACAGGCUACCCUGCAGUUCUGUGUGGUGAAGCCCCUCAUGGCGAUCAGCACAGUCAUCCUUCAGGCCUUCGGCAAGUACCAGGAUGGUGACUUUGAUGUAACCAGUGGCUACCUCUAUGUGACGAUCAUCUACAACAUCUCUGUCAGCCUGGCACUGUAUGCCCUCUUCCUUUUUUACUUUGCCACACGUGAGCUGCUGAGUCCCUAUAGCCCAGUCCUCAAGUUCUUCAUGGUGAAGUCUGUCAUCUUCCUGUCCUUCUGGCAAGGGAUGCUGUUGGCCAUCUUGGAAAAGUGUGGUGCCAUCCCCAAAAUCCACUCUGCCAGCGUGUCUGUGGGUGAAGGCACCGUAGCUGCCGGGUAUCAGGACUUCAUCAUUUGCGUGGAGAUGUUCUUUGCAGCCAUUGCCCUACGCCAUGCUUUCACAUACAAGGUGUAUGUGGACAAGAGACUUGAUGCUCAAGCUGUUCCAUCAUAUGGGCCAUACGGUCGCUGUGCUCCCAUGAAGAGCAUCUCCAGCAGCCUCAAGGAGACCAUGAACCCCCACGACAUUGUCCAAGAUGCGAUCCACAACUUCUCCCCAGCCUACCAGCAGUACACUCAGCAGUCAACGCUGGAGCAUGGUCCACCCUGGCGUAAUGGCAGUCAUGUUAUCUCACGCUCCCACAGCUGCUCGGGUGCCCGUGACAACGAGAAGACCCUCUUGCUGAGCUCUGAUGAUGAAUUCUAGGAGGAGAAACUGCCAGAACAGGCUGUCAUUUUCCUCCUUUUGUUCUUUUUAUUUUUUUAAUUUAUUGAGCAGAAACACGCAAGUCAUAUCACUUCCUAGAGAGUGGAGAUUGCAGAAGUGAGCACUUCCCAUUAGCUUUUGUGGGUACGGACAUGAUGAGCAGUGCGGAGGUGGGGGAAUGGCCAGGGCUCCACUCUUGAGCCCAUUCCUUACAGCAGCAGUAGACUGGAAUUAACUGAAACAAAGCUCCAGGGUUUGGGGCUCUGGCCUUUUACACCUGCCCAGCUUGGUGUGGAGCAUGACCGGCCAGAGCCUGGAGUUGUGGCCAAAAAUAUUUUUGGGUUUUGUUUCCAACUGGACAACCCAAUUACUUCGUAUUCCUCUUCUUGAAUGGUUGAUGUAGGCACAGUUUUCUCCCUCAGCUCCCUGUUACUAACAUCUCUCUGAUCCUUGUGGAAUGGGAUUAGGAUGCAGCGAUAAGCAUUUAUGUGGACCAGACCAGAGACUGGUCUCUCUUAUAGCCAUUGCCUUGAAUCAUUAGUAAGGAACAUCUACCCCCACCCUCCUAAGCACUUGAUGGUGCAGUCCUGUACUUGAGUUAGCAAGGGGUAUACGGACUCUUUCUUACUGUUCCUCUGCUCCCUGCAGCCCCCUCUGCUCCUCUUCAAAGCUGAUGCUUGUUGAAGCUCAGCAGGUAUGGAAUUACUGUCUCACAAGAGUGGGUUUUUCUAAUCACCAGGUGUCCAAGCUUCCCAUUGCCUCUGUGUUCCUGUGGCAAGAAGCCUCCCUGAAGUGUCUGUCUCCCGCUAAAAAGACUGAGGGCUGGCUGUGAUAGGUGGUGAAAGUUUGCAGAGCUCUGGCCCUUUCAUCCUUCUUGGGGGAGGGAAGAUAGGUAAACACUAAAAUGUUUUUCCUUGUUUCUUGUCCCCCACUGACAUAGCUGCCCCUCUUAAAGGUCUGGAUUGCACCAGGUAGCUGCCAGCACAGGUCCUGGUCUCUUGCAGGUGGCUCUCCCCAUAUUUGUCUUCAUUGGCUUUCCCUGCAAGCUGCACAAGUUUUGCCCCUAGGCUGGAGUAUUCUGGAAGCAAUGUUACACAUUCCCUCUUUGCUUUUUAUCUCCAUAGCUGUUUUGGGAGCAGACUUGAAACCUGACAUGACCCAGCUGGUUAAAAUUGUCCCUCUUAGUUUCCCAGGCAGCAGUUGCUGCUGCCACUGCACAUUUCACAGACUCUGCAGCCACUGCAGUGCUACUGAGGGUGGACCCAACAUCCAUGGGAGUGGGAAAAGAAGCUACUCCUUGCUUUUGUUGGGUUUUGGGUCGAGCCCUAGGUACUUAGUGGAGCCAAAAUAAAAAUGACCUCUCUGUAGAUCUGUCCAGGGACCAGGAAAUGCCUCUUGCUUGCUUAAAAUUGUCUAGGGGAGGAGAGGGAAGCACACUCAAGUGUCACAGACGGAUGCCCCUACCCCCAAGCAGGAAGGAAAAUGGAGAGUUUGGAGCAAGAUACUGUGUUCUUGGCUGUAGUUUCUCUGUUCCUCUCCUGCUUGAUGCCAUCAGCAGACCUGCACAUUUCCAGAUGACCCUUCGUUGCUCUGUUAGGAGAACUGGGGUCUAGUUUACUGCCUGGAGUUUACCUUUCCUCUCGUAUCCUAAUCUGUGUGCUUGCUCAUUCACUUUCUCAGAAGUGACUGUGAGCAAAGAGCACCUUGCUCCCUCAACAUCCCUCCCAGAAGCAUGUGGUUGAAGAGGAGGCAGGUUCUGUGAGGAUAAGAUAGAGGAAGGCAUAAGGACAGUCUCCUCCUGUACUCAUGUGUCUGGGGGUAUGGUGAAGCAGGUGGGAGCAACAGUGCUGACUGUUGAGGGAGCUGGAGGCAGGAUCAGUGGAUCCAGCAGCUUCUCUGCUGCUGGAUUUUCCCAUUUGCACAUAUCCUGUGAUGUCAUUCAGUUACUGCUUUUCAUGAAUCUGUCGCUGCUUAAGUGGACAUGCAAACUAUCUGCCAGGCUUUGUGUGGGCUUGGUGUAAAACUUGCUUUUCUUCAUGCUGUAAGGCGCCUGGAAAGCAGGGCUGAAGAUUGAAUGAGCUUUCCUUCCAUCUUCCAUGGCUUUGAUUAAUAGUCUUUUGGUGUGAGGUAUUUAUGUUAAACUUCCCCUCUCUUAGGAAAGUGGAGCAUGCGACAUGAUCCCUUCCUCCCCUUUCCUUGCAUUUGCAGGCCUUGAUGGUGUCCCAGGGUCACUUAAUUGGUGACCGUCCCUGAUCUUUUUUGUGUUGGGUGGCUGAGAUCUCUGGGAUUGUCCUGCUGAGCUUCAAGGUGAUCCAGGCUUGGGGAAGCGUUUUUUAAAAGUGAUUCGGAAAUAUAUGCUGCAUACAUAUGCUGUGCAGAGGAACUGGAUAUUCUCAGAGCUUCCUGUAUGUAGUGGUUUCAAGUAUAACCAUUUUGUACUAGCUGCCUUCAGAGAAGCUUGGUGAAGAACUAGUGCCCAAACAACAGACAGCUUCCAUGCAUUAUAAUUUUAUAUACAUAUAUAUUUUUUAACACCACACAAAAUCAUCUCUGAGCUUCCUGCUCUCCCUCACCACAGGCAAGUGCCAGAGCAAGGACUGGUUCUGAAGCCUUUCUGGCUUGGAGAACUUAUAAGACCCAGAGUUUGAGACCAAGGAGGCCAAGGCAUCCAUGGUCUUGCAGGUCUGCUCACAGUAGCCCAGGGGUCCCAACAGACCUGUUUACUCCAGGAGUAGGCCCUUGGAGCUGCUCUCCCUCACCUGCUUCCCCUUUCCUUUCUUCCUUCUUUUUGUUUACCAUGUAACAUACCCAUGGGAUUUGUUUAUUAUUUUUCCAUAUAGAGUAGUUCUUUGUAUAUAAAUGACUGAAAAAAAAAUAUGUAUGAUAAAUAAGACAGAGUCACCUAGUUUUGUACCUAUCGUGUUUAACUGAUGUGAGCUCAGCGACAAGCCGCUCUCUAUUUUGGUCUUUGUGACGUUAUACUCUGCAGAAAUGAGCAAAUAUGAUGACAAAUAUAGAGAUAAUAUAGAUUGUA